AUGUUAAAGAAAUGCUACAGAUGGGGGGCUGGUUUGUCUAAAACUUGGCAGUUGCCUAUAGUGUGUUCAUAUCUAUCUAAAACUGUUCAUAUCUAUCUAUCUAUCUAUCUAUCUAUCUAUCUAUCUAUCUAUCUAUCUAUCUGUCUAAGCCUGAUCAUAUCUAUCUAUAUAUCUCACAAGCACCUCACUCUGUUUCUAUCUAUCUAUCUAUCUAUCUAUCUAUCUAUCUAUCUAUCUAUCUAUCUAUUCUCAACAACAAUUUAUUCAUUGCACCCCAUAUAUAUUUUUGUAUCUUUCUCAAACUUUUCCUAUCUAUUUAUCUAUCUUAUUCUAAUCUAUCUAUCUAUCUAUCUAUCUAUCUAUCUAUCUAUCUAUCUAUCUAUCUCAUAUAUUAAUAUGUAUUUAUAUAUUUGUCACAAUUAUUCUAAUAUCUAUCUAUCUAUCUAUCUAUCUAUCUAUCUAUCUAUCUAUCUAUCUAUCUAUCUCAGUAUAUUAAUAUGUAUUUAUAUAUUUGUCACAAUUAUUCUAAUCUAUCUAUCUAUCUAUCUAUCUAUCUAUCUAUCUAUCUCACUUGCUACCUCAGUCUGUUUAUAUCUAUCUAUCUAUUCUAUACAUUUAUAUAUCUAUCUAUCUAUAUUUCACUAUCUCAUUCUAAUCUAUCUAUUUAUGUAUCUCCUUUAUCUAUCUAUCUAUCUAUCUAUCUAUCUAUCUAUCUACCUACCUACCUACCUGUCUAUCUAUCUAUUUAUCACAAUAUGUUCAUAUAUCUAUCUAUCUAUCUAUUCUCAGUCUAUUCAUAUCUAUCUUUUUUCUUUCUUUCUUCCUCUUUUGUGUGUUCGUGUGUGUAUGUUAGCACCUGUAAUAUUUGUCAAUAUAUUUCUUGAUUAUAAUAAGAGGAAAUUAAUUUAA